GGUGGGGUUUAAUUCCUUCCCCGGCUCUGUUUCUCUUCACAUGCCCUCCUUCCUCUCCUCUCGGGCCUCGCCAAAUUCGGUGUUUAAAAAUAAUCCUCAAAUCUGGGAACAGCAGUCCCCGGCUGACCCAAGGGGUGGACGCAGAAAUGCGUGCCUGACUCGUGAUUCUGGAGGCAGUCAGCCUGGGGAGUCCUGCUCGUCCAGAAUGUUCUCCCUGUUAUUGGGGUUUUUGCCAUUGGCCACAAGCUACCACUGUGGGCAGUUGACCAUUUUUCAAAGACAGAGUGAAUCGCGCCUGUCUGUGGCAGCUCUCGACGGAUCGAUGCAAGCCAAAUGAUGACCAGUUGUGGCCAGCAGCCCUUGAACGUGCUUGCAGUCCUCUUGUUGCUGAUUUCUGCAGUCUUGUCCGCGCAUUUCCGGGUCUGUGAGCCAUACACGGACCACAAAGGCCGCUACCACUUCGGCUUCCACUGUCCCCGGCUCUCGGACAACAAAACCUUCAUCCUCUGCUGUCACCAUAACAACACGGUCUUCAAAUACUGCUGCAACGAGACAGAGUUCCAGGCGGUGAUGCAGGCGAACCUCACGGCCGGCUCCGAGGGCUACAUGCACAACAACUACACCGCCUUGCUGGGAGUGUGGAUCUACGGCUUUUUUGUGCUGAUGCUGCUGGUUCUGGAUCUUUUGUAUUACUCGGCCAUGAACUACGACAUUUGCAAGGUCUACCUGGCACGGUGGGGCAUCCAUGGACGGUGGAUGAAACAGGACCCCCGGCGAUGGGGGAACCCGGCCCGGGCCCCUCGGCCAGGACAGCCGGCCCCGCAGCCCCAACCUCCUCCGGGCCCCCUGCCGCAAGCGCCCCAGGCCGUGCACACGCUCCAGAGAGACAGCCACAGCCCACCGCUGAUGGCCUUCCAGAGUUCCUCUGCCUGAAAUCCCUUUUGCCGUGCCUCAGGAGGGGGGAGGCGAGACCUGGAGCACCUGGCUCAGCCUCCAAGAACAACUUCAACAAGACGCCAAGGAGAGCCGAGGCGGCCGCGGCGGUGGCAGUGGCAGAGGAAGAAGUGCUGCCGGUGCCCAAACCCCCUUCCGUGGACGUCUAAGACCAGGAGCAAACUCAGGGGUGGGGGGCCGGGGGUGCAGGGAGGGGCUUCUGAGCCACCCGUCCGCAAGCAAUAGUCCCAUUUUGGGCUGGUGGCUUCCGAAAGGUGGCACCAUUGUGGACUCAGGAUGACUGACACAGCUGCUCUGGCCGAGUCAAGCCAGAAGGAUUUUGGCCUUUGCUGUACCCAUGGUUCCCUAGCCUCCGCCCCCUCCAGUAGUGGCCUGAGGGCCUAUCCGUGUCAGAAUAUUGAAUGUGAGUGUGUGUGUGUGUGUGUGUGUGCACGCACACGUGCGUGUGUGUGUGUGUGUGUGUGUGUACGAUUUGGGGUGUCCUUUCUGUUUGAUUGAUUGGUUUUUAUUGGGGUCCCCUCAAGUUUUCUGAUGGGCAUGGGUCGCCUUGCAGUGGGGGUCCUGGCCGGUGUCUGGGCUCCAGCUCCUUGCUGCAGCUGUGAGCCAGAUAGAGUGGCAAGCUUGGGGCAUGGCCCCAUCCUGUCUCAGGGGGUGCUGGGGAUUUGAACAUGCCAGUGGGAGUUCGUUCUUGCGGAAUUUGUUCCCAUAAUGACGGUGAUAAUGGGAGACGCGUCUCAGGCUGUCUGCCUCUACAGGGCAGGCUCCAGGUUGAGCGUCUUCACACACAGCCUCUCUCGCCACCUGGGAAGUGGGUGGGAUGAACUCCCUGCAGAGACAGCCCGGGUCUCACAGCCGGGAGGAGACCCGGCCCUCCGUUUGACCUCAGAGGUGUUAGAACCCAAAGUUCAAGCUCCCCAACCCAGGGUACCCCAAGGACCCUUCCUGCAGGAUCUUCCCAGUGGCUUCUCAUUGGACGGGCCAUCGCCCCACACUCUCCACCAUCGCUGCCCUGGGACCCUCAGACACAUGGCGUGUUCUGACUAAGCACCUACUGUGUGCAAGGCCCCUACCUGGCAGUGAUGGGGAUGAGAGAUGGUCAGGCAGGCCCUGUCUCGGCCUCGGUGGGAGAGACAGACACACAGAUCUUUGCUGGACAGAGUGAUGAGCACUAUGGAAAGGCAGAGGGGAAGGUUCUAGAAGCCCUUCCCAGUUAAGGCGGGACUUCCACAUAAACCUGGAGGCCCAUAACAUCCAUCCGCAGAGCUCAUGGCCACCACCUCCCACCUCGCUGCCCCAGGACACGCAGAAGGGGAAGGAUCACAUAAAUCCCUGAGGGCUAAGCUGGCGGUGUAGACACCUGAAUUCUGCUGGUGUCAGUGAUGCCAAAAUGGAGCUCCAUGGGCCCUGCUCCCUAAACUGUGUCUCCUUGGUUUGAGGAUGGUCACUUAGCCACAGCCUGCCAGACCAUCUGCCCAUCAGGCACGCACUGAGCAGGCAGGUCCUUGCUCACGGUGCUGGUGUCCUAGCUGGGGGAGAGGACAGGGAAGGGCAAGGCGGCGGACAAGGAACAUAGCAAUAGCAGUGAACCCUAAGCUGAGAAUUCGGUCAGAACGAUGUUCGUGACGGUCCUGCUGGGGCUGGGGUGGUCUGGGGAGGCCUUUCUGAGCAGGUUAAGCCCACAUCUAGAUGAUAAGUAAGAGCCAGCCACGCACAUCAGAGAUAGGAGAGUGUUCCAGGCAGCGGGAACAGCGAGUGCAAAGGCCCUGAGGCAGCACCAGGCUUGACUGUUUCAAGGAACCCAAAGAAUUCCAGGUUGGCUGGGAUGCAGAUGAAGGGCAGAAAGAGAGGAGAAUGAGAGCCCAUGUGCUGUGGUUUGCUGUGAGUCACCAGAGGCUGGACAGACAUGAUGCGCAGCCGUUGAUAGAGCAGAAAGAAAUUUCCAGAGCGUCAAGCAUUUUCCAUCCAGCCUGGCUCUUCGUCCUCUCAGAGCCCCAUAAAGAAGGGACUGUCCCCAUUUCACAGGCUAGGACACUGAGGCUCAGAUGCAUCAAGUGGCUUAACCAAGGGGCGCAUGGAAGACCCAGGCCCGUGCUUCAGUCCCUUCUCCUCCAGGCAGUGCUGCCAGGGCCCAGGUGUACAGCCUGGCAGAGGCAAAGCCAGAGGAAUUUUGCUUGGGGUCUUGAUUAGAGAUAGGCACAACUUCCUUUCCCCCAGCUGCUGAGUCGUCAGAACCUGCCCCAGGGCCUUGUCCAUGCAGAGCAGCAGUUGCCAUGGAGGGGUACUCAGCAGCUGUUAGCUCAGCUGGAUCAGCCCAUACCUGCACCCCAUGUGCAGAGCCUCUGGAGUCAGAGGGGCCUGAGCCUUGAGGACAGGCGUUUGGGCACAGACCCAGAUUCCAACAUCAGCUCUGCACGGAGAGCCUCAGGCAAGUCCUGCGCCUUCUCAGCCCUCGGUUGCCCCACAUCACUAAAAGGAAGGGGUCAGACCAGGUAUUUGGGGGCCUUGCAUCCCUGACUUCCUGCAGUUCUGGGCGGCGCUUGUGCAGUUGCUCACACAGAGGCGCUUCCUCUGGUGAGGAGCAGCUGGUGGCCUUGCCUCCCUGGCCCGAACACUGGAGCCAGAGGUCACUGUCACAGAGACCAGUAAGGGCUACCCCAGUUUGCAUCCCUGAGCUGGAGAGCUUGCAAGACGCUGCUCCGGGGCCCUACCAGAGGUCUUUCUGGGGGUGACUGAUGCGUCCAUGGAGGUUGCCUGUGGCAGCCAGGCUGGGGAUCUGAACAUUCCGCUCUAAGCCGCCAGCCUCUCGUCGUGUAGCUCAGCAGACAUCACAGGCUGGGGCAGCCUGGGGUCCAGGGGACAGAGUGCAGGGAGCCACAGCGCUGCUGAUUCCCAGCUGGGUGGUCUUGGGCAAAUGGCUUCACAUCCCUGAGCCUCACCUGUCAGGUGUGCGAGGCGGGGGCAGGGGAGGGAGGGAGCAAUAUUUGCCACCCCUCUGAAGUGGUCGCGAGUGUGAGAGCGAUGCGUCUGGAAGGCACAUGGGUGCCGUUCAGUUCCUCCCAGUGUCAAGGGCUCCUCAAAGCCCCCGAGACACAGGCCAUCCCAGCGAAAAUUCUGCCCCAUCCCACCGUGGCAGGCAGACGUGCCAACGAGCAGAGUGUCCUUGACAAUAAGAUGCAGGGUAGUGACAAGUUCAAGUAGAGAUUUUUUUAGUUAGUGUUUUUAGUGACUCCAGACCUGGUUCUUCAAGCUGCCUACUUUUAUUUUUUACUGUGAGCUCUGGAUACGUCCACGUAAUUCGUUAAAAAAAAAAAAAAAAAAAAAAAAAAAAAAAAAAAACAGUAGGAAAAGAAAAAGAGAAGAUGGCAGUAUAUCCACCGAGAAACUCGACUUCCACUUUGGUUCGUGGCACUCACUGCCCGUAUUUGUAAGGACUUCUUCCCACUGGGAACUGCGUGUUAUAAUGAGCAGUUUUAUGCUUUCCUUCUUGUUUGCGUACAGUGUGGUUGUGUGUUUUGGCAUCUCUACGCAGAAGCGAUACCCGCUAGCACCCAUGGGCCUCUCUCUGCCCUCACCUGAACCGCUGGACUCCCCCUGCCGCUCGAGGAGCAGCCUGCGAGGGCAGAAGGGCCCCGGGGCCGCCAGCUGCCGGUCAGACCUCUGAGCUGACCAGGACCAAGAGGAAACAGGCCUUAAGUGCAAACACGGCACACGCACGCACGUCCACAAAUGCACACACGUGGUUCUGCAGGUAGAUCCCGCCUCUCUGAUGAGCCAGUGUCUGAGGCUUUAGAAAAAGAGCAGGCAGCCAGCCGGGGGCCCUGGGCUGGUGGCACUUUCCCUCUCUCUCCAGCAAAGCCUUUAAGCAAAUUCAGUCCCAAAGCUGGAAGAAAGGACUUGGGGGAAUCCGGGAAAAUAUGGCCAGAAUAGGGGUGAACAGGCUUCUUCUGCCAAGAGACUUUCCCGGCUCACCGUCUAAUCAGAAGCUCCCCUUAGGUCGUUCCAGGCACAUGGAGACUGGGUGGCCCAGUCGGUGUCUCCCAGCACCCAGCAGACCCCCGGGGCGUCUGCUGUCCCCCCACACCACUGUCCCAGCCCAGGUCCUGUCCUCUGGCUCUGCUGAUACUCCUUUCACUGUGUCUCCUCGAAGUUCCCAGAACCACAGACUUUGAAAAGAUUGUUUCGUGGUUUGUUUUAAUUUUUUCAGCUUGGCUGAUUCGUCCCCACCAACAGGGGGAGUCAUGCUGGGAGAGGGGCUGUCAGAGGUGAAUUUGCAGAUUCCGCAAUGAUCUAGGUUGACGGAACAGCCCCUGAGCGGAGAUGCUGGGUCAUUUCUUGCCAAGCUGGAGGGGCAGCCACAUCAUUGCAGAGAUUCUGUGGGGACCCCCCCUUCUCUGUGGCUGGACUAGGAGAGGCCACCUUGCAGGGUUCUUAUGCUUCACCUGGUGAGCAUGAGACACCCACAGACCAUCAGAAAGGUCAGCGAGGCAGCCACCACCCCGUGAGUGGGUGACACUCUGGUCACUACCACCUGCAGCCCCAGAACACCUCACCAGGCUGGGUGAUGCCCUGUGCCCUCCAGAAAACACAGGGCACACCUACCAUGUGACUGACGCCACACCAAGACCCCCCAGCCCCUCCUUAUAGCACAAAUGCAGCCCCAGAUGGUAAUUAAGUGAAUGUAGGCAGCUUGGGGACCUGUGGUCUAAAAAUUCACAUGUUGAGUUGAGCAGUCAGGUGAGAUAGAAAAUUCUAGAAAAUCCAUGUGUUCAUGCCUGCAUGCAUUCAUCUCGUCCACAAAUAUUCACCCAGUGCCCAUUCGGGAGCAGUUCCUGCUGUAGAUAGAGAUGUCGGGGGGCCCAGGCUGUGUCCGAGGGAGAGGCUGGGGUCACCUGUGAAAUGACUCGUUGUGCCUAACAGUUAGGAAUGCUCAAAUCCACAAGAGAAUAAGUGACCUUGGAGGUGGCAUUGACCCCCCCUGCCCCCAAAUUCCCAGUCCGAGACGCUGCUAGACAGUUGGUGCUAGAUAGAUGCCUGGUGAGUGAGCGGCUUUGACUCUUAGUCACACUGUCCCUAAAACUCCUAUCUUUGCGUCAAAGCCCUGACCCAUUUGCCCCUGACGGACUAAAAUCCAGGACUGCUGCAGUGCCCUGCUCCAGCGGGCACUGUUUCUACAGGCUGCAUCGUGCACAGCAACCUUGGGUUUGUGCAGUGAGGUGCCCCGUGAAUUGCCCCCUAAAAUAUGCAGGAUCCCAUCAAAGUCAGCAAAUCCCCAGGGAGGGUCUCCACGCCCGUGAUGGAAAGUUACAGAUGACAUGGCCUCCGUGGGCAUCCAGUGUGGCCCCAACUGAAACCAAACUGGUGCCUGGAGAGACUCUCUUCUUGGAACCUCACCUCGACUCCUUCCUGCCUCUUCUCCAUCUCCCAGGUGAAAGCUAGUGGGAUAGUCAGUCCGAUGACGGAACCGCCAGAGUCUGGGUGACGGGCAGUCACGGAGCGGGGACGGCGAGGCUGAGGGGCUCAGUCACCUGCCAAAGCAGGACCCCCAAGGUCAGUACGACCUCCCCAGGCGUAGCUGGACAGGGGUGCAGCCGCCGUGGGACAGCCUCGUCUCCUGCUUACCCCCACUUCACGUGAGCGGCAUGGGUCUCUCUGAGAGCUGAUAACCGGGAAAACCAAAAACCAAUAUUAUUCCUAAUAAUAAUAAUAUAAUGUAAUAAUAAGAAGAAUAAUGUGUUUUACACGGACCGCUGUUGCACUGCUUUUGUCUUUCUAUACGGUAGUUUUUAUAAAGAUGUCCUUAGGUUUUAAUAAAGGAGUGUCACAUCACCUGU